CCAAAAACAAGUCCUUCCAAAUCUCUCUUUUAUUUCUUUCUAUUAAAUAAAAAGCCAUAACUCCUCAUUUCCCUUCAGAUCCCUUUUCUUCUUCUUUUUUUUUUCCCCAGAAAAAUGAGAGACUUUGCUUCAUGCUUCAAUGAAUAUGCUGUACAAGUUUCUGAUACUUCUUGUUCUAGUUACUCAAACUCUGUUUGUAUCCCUCCUUCUUUGAUUCCUUCAGUACAAAACACAGUCAAUUGUUUGUACAAAGUCAAUUUGUCCAAUAAAAAACAAGUGUUGAUCACAAUUUCAUGGUGCAAAACAAAUGUAACACAAGGCCUAAGUGUGCACUUUGGUGAUGAUCCUUCAAAUGUCUUCAAACUCAACACAAAUUCACGUCUUUUUAGAAAGAAAAAGGGAAGCAAAUCAAUGGAUUUGGAUGAUUUUAAGGUUGAAAUAUUUUGGGAUUUAUGUGGAGCUAGGUAUUUAAGUGGUCCUGAACCAAUUGAUGGAUAUUAUGUACUAGUCAUAGUUGAUUCACAACUAGGCCUAAUUCUUGGUGACAUGGCUGAAGAAGCUUCAUUAAGGAAGUUGAAAAAUGGAACUCCAAUGGCUAAAUUCUCAUUGGUUUCAAGACAAGAACACUUUUCUGGAAACACCCUUUAUUCAACGAAGGCUCAAUUUUGUGAUAGUGGUAACAUUCAUGAUGUUUUAAUUCGUUGUAACGGUGAAAAUGAAGGUCUAAAGCAUCCUGUUUUGUCAGUUUAUAUUGAUAAGAAGAUGGUGAUUAGAGUUAAAAGGUUGCAAUGGAACUUCAGGGGAAAUCAGAGUAUUUUUUUGGAUGGAUUGCUUGUUGAUCUAAUGUGGGAUGUUCAUGAUUGGUUCUUUAAUCCAGCUUCUGCUAUUGCACUAUUUAUGUUUAGGACAAGAAGUGGAAUGGAUAGUAGAUUGUGGCUAGAUGAUAAAGACAAAUUGCUACUCAAAGAUCAAGAUAAAGUUGAAUUCUCAUUGUUGAUCUAUGCAUCUAAGAGCACAUAAAUGAAAGGUUCUUUUUUUUUUUUUGUGUGUGUGUGUUCAAUUUUUCUUUAUUGGAACCCCAUUUUUUUUAAUGUUUAAUUUCUUCUUUUAAAACUUCAUCCCUCAUGAAAGGAAUUAGAGGAAAAAGUUUGAUCUAGAUAGAAUGGAAAUAACUUGAAGAAAUUUUCUUUCAGAUUUGUCAUUGUAUAUUGAACUUUUGUGGCUCUUGACAUUUUAUUGUACUUGUAGAUUACUAGAUUUGGAAGAUUGUACUUGUGUUUUCUGAGUUACUUGUUCGAUUAAUUUGGAUUCGAGGUAGCUGGAGUAGACAAAAGAGUUGAGAGUCUCCUAACAAUGAUCUUCAUAUUCAUUUAAUUUCAAUUUUUUUCUUUGUCCAAUUAGCCUACAAAGAUUAUUAUUUUUUUCCAAGAAAAAAGGAAGUGCAAUUUUGAGAGCCAUGUUAAGGGAAUCAUACACACAUGUGUUGAGUUUGGUGAGUUUCUUCCCUUGCCAUAAGGCAAUCAAAGUGAGAUUGCCAGUUAGGUUCAAACAGAUUGGAUGUUAUCUUUACUUGGAUCCUUUAAUGAUAACCACAUUCGUGUAGGCCCUUUUACCUCUUCUUUUUAA